AUGUCGCCUCCAAACCCCUCGCCUGGCGAUCAAGAAGACAACGAGGAUCUUAUGGAUCAGCUCAUGGCUGAACUCGACUCCAAGGAUUCCACAACUCAAACGGAAGCCGCAACCAUUCUGAACAAGAUGAACGUCGUCCAAGCGGCAGAAAAUGGACCGGUGGCGAAGCCAGCUAAUGACAGCAAGUCUCGUUACAAAGCGCGACAGGAAAGGAAAGCCGCAGCUUUGGCGGAGGAGGCGGCUCAGAAUAACCCUGACGACCCGACGCGCACAGCGCAGUUCGAGCGAGAAGCAGCGGAAGAGGAGAAGGUCGUCAAUGCCAUCUGCGAUGAAAUGGGUUUCACUAUGCAUGAGAUAAACCCCGACGGGCAUUGCUUGUUCUCUGCCAUCGCGGACCAACUGGGCCUACAUGGACUCAUACCCUCAUCACAAGUCUCCUAUGCGAACGUCCGGCACGCCGCCGCAAAUUACAUUCAAGACCACGUUGAUGAUUUCCUCCCGUUCUUGCCUUCGGAGUUCGGCGAAGACGGCGACGGCGCCGUUGAUACUGGUCUCAUGUCUCCCAAGGCAUUCGCAGCGUACUGCGAACGGAUACGGAAUACCGGCCAAUGGGGCGGCGAGCCGGAGAUCCUAGCGUUGAGUCGUGCCUACAAUGUUCCUAUAUUCGUCGUGCAAUCUGGAACACCGAGGGUCGUGGUCCAUACGCCGACGGGCGCAACUGUGGAUUGGAGGGACAAGAACAUCAAGGCGCUUUGGAUCAGUUACCAUCGACGCAUGUAUGGAUUGGGAGAGCACUACAACUCAUUACGUCCGAAGAGCAGUGUGUUCUCCAAGAUCGCUACGGCAUUGAACACAUAA